AUGCCCGCGGCCACCGUCGACCACAGCCAAAGAAUCUGCGAGGUCUGGGCUUGCAACUUGGACGAGGAGAUGAAGAAAAUCCGCCAGGUUAUACGCAAGUAUAACUACGUGGCUAUGGACACAGAAUUUCCAGGUGUAGUUGCAAGGCCUAUCGGAGAAUUCAGGAGCAACGCAGACUAUCAGUACCAAUUGUUACGCUGCAACGUAGACCUGCUAAAAAUAAUUCAGCUAGGAUUGACGUUUAUGAACGAGCAAGGAGAAUACCCUCCAGGAACUUCAACUUGGCAAUUCAAUUUUAAAUUUAAUUUAACAGAAGAUAUGUAUGCCCAGGACUCAAUUGAACUACUCACGACAUCUGGCAUCCAAUUUAAAAAGCAUGAGGAAGAAGGAAUCGAGACACAGUACUUUGCAGAACUGCUUAUGACAUCAGGAGUUGUACUGUGUGAAGGAGUCAAGUGGCUUUCAUUUCAUAG